AUAUUAUUAUUAAUAUUAACGUUAUUAUGGUUAACACCAAUUAAAGCUUCAAUACGUCCAUCAUGUCGUUGUAUUAUAUAUGAUGAUACAUUUGGUAAAGAAUAUGGUGUUUUUACAUCACCCGAUUGGCCUAUACCAUAUGAAGAUAAUAUUGAUUGUCUAUUAUAUACAUUUAUUGCUCAAAAUGAUCAUAUUGUUGAAAUUACAUUCGAUGAAUUUGAUGUACAAAAAAGUUCAGAUACAAAAAUACCAUUAACAACAACAACAACGAAUUCAAAUAAUAUUGAUUUUGGCUGUGAUCAUGGUGAUUAUGUAAAAUUAUUUUUACAUCUAAAUAAUAAUAAUAAUAAUGGUAUUGAUGAAACAACAAAAUAUAAUCCACCAUUAUUAUGUGGAAAAUUUCCCGAUAUUGAACAAACACAUUUUAGUUCAAAUUCAAUAUUAAUAUUUGAAUUUCAUACGGAUUGGCGUUCCGGUAAUAAUACUGGUUUUCGUGGUACAUUUCGUUUUCUUAAAAAAGCUAUGUUUCGUACGGAUGGCCAAUUGAUUUCGGAUACUAACUGUGAUUAUCGUUUUGAUCAUGAAUCAUUACAGCUAACAAGAACCAUGUCUCAUUCGAUUGAACAACAACAACAACAAAAUAGUAUUUCAAAUAUUGAAUCAAAUAAUAAUAAUAAAACAAAAUAUUGGGUUGGACAACGUGGAUAUUUUUUUUCACCACAAUAUCCAUCAACAUAUCCAAAACAAACAAAAUGUUCAUAUCGGUUUCAAACAAAUGAUCCAAAUCAACGUAUACGUUUAUUAUUUGUUGAAGUAAGCUUACAACGUAAUGAUCAAAGUUGCAUAUCGAAUAAUGAUGUGAUACAAAUAUAUGAUGGUAUUGAUUCAAACGCAGAUCUUAUACAACAGAUUUGUGGCCAAAUUGCCUUUUUAGAAAUAUUAUCAUCAACUAAUCAAUUAUAUGUUGAAUUUAUUUCACCACCAAAUACACCGCAACAACAAUCAGCCAAAGGUUUUAAAGCUGAAUAUUCAUUUAUACCAGUUACAUCGUUAAUACAUUCAGGAACAUUAUCAUUAUUACCAUUUACACCACCUUUAAUGAAUUAUUUUCCAUUUGGUUCAUCAUAUGCAUCCGGUAUUCCAUAUCCAUGGUUAACUGCUAACAAUCAGACAAAUAUCAGAGGAAAUUUUAAUGAAAAAAAUAACAGUGAUAUAAUCGGUGGUAUUGAUAAUAUUUCAUCAUCAUCAACAACGAUAUCAUCAUCUAAUAAUAUUCAUUCAUCAUCCGCAUCAUCAUGUGAUCGUUGGUUUUCAUCCGAACUACAUCCAAAUGGUACAUUUACAUCACCAAAUUAUCCUGAACCAUAUCCAACACAGAUACGUUGUAGUUAUCAUUUUGUUGGUCAUGGUAAACAACGUGUACAAGUGAUAUUUAUGGAUUUUGAUGUACAUAAAGUUGAAGAUCAACAUCGUGAUUGCGAAAUAUCCGAUAGUCUUACAGCAUAUAUUGUAACAAAUGGCCAAAAAGAAUGGAUAGAUGAUUUUUGUGGUCAAGAAUUACCACCACGUAUUAUGUCAAAUGGACAUAGAUUAACAUUAGAAUUUAAAUCAUUUAAUCGUUAUCGAUCCAAAGGAUUUAAAGCAUCAUUUCGUUUUGUAACAAAUUUUGGUAUCGAAACUGGACGUCAGGAUUCUAAAUCAGUAUGCGGGUUUGUUUAUAAUUCAACCGAAACAAAACGUGGUCAUUUUACAUCACCAAAUCAUCCAGGAUUGUAUCCAAAAGAUACCGAAUGUCAUUAUUUUUUCUAUGGAAAUAUAACCGAAAAAGUCUACAUACAAUUUUUACAUUUUGAUGUUGAAGGCGUUACACCAUGUACAUUAGAAACGGCAAGUGAUUAUGUUGAAUUUUCAAAUGUAUAUACGACCGAUCAUCGUGUUUAUAGACAUUGUGGCCUAAAACAUCCAAAAUCAAUUGAAUCGGAUGGUGAUUUUUUUCGUGUUACAUUUAAAUCAAAUGGUCGUUUUGAUGGUACUGGUUUUAAGGCUAGUUACGAAUUUCGUUAUUCACCAUCAUCAUCAUCAUCAUCAUCAUCAUUAUCACCAUCAUUAUCAAUGGACAAUAAUAAUCAUCAACAGAAUGAAAAUAUUAAUGAAAAUCAUCAAAAAUCCAAAACGAUCAAAACAAUGAAAACAUUGUCAUCAUCUGGACAAUCCAAUAUUUUAUCUACUAACAAUAUAAAAUUAUUAUUAUUUUUUAACAUAUUUUUAUCAAUCAUAUUGAUGAACAUUGAUUAUUGUUGUUCAACAUUAUUAUCAUCAUUAACGAAUAUUUAAAGAAAAAAACAAAAAUGCUGAUAUAAUUCUUCGAUAUAUUUUCGCAUAAUAUAUAACUAGAUGUAUUGAAUUUGCACCGAACAACAACAAAGGAAAAA